GACCGUGCUAUAGACGUAUACGUUUGUUGUGAUUGUUUUAUAAUUGUGCAAAAACAAUUGUGACGUCGUGUUACUUUAUUCGGACAGUACGUGUUGAUUGACGGCCUCAAGAUUGAUCUAGAAUUACAGAGACAGGCCUCUAACGGCCAUUUCAUAAGGUCCGUCGGGCCUAUGUGUGAAGGGGGCUUCAGCGCUGCUGAGGGGCUUUCAAGGAUGGCCUCUCUCGGAGGAGCCAGCUUUGGAAGUCCCCAAGGUCUCCCUACGGCACAGUCGGUUAAGAAGCAAGAUGAUCACAUAAAGAGACCAAUGAAUGCAUUUAUGGUGUGGUCGAGGCUUCAGAGGAGAAAGAUCGCCCAGGAAAAUCCAAAAAUGCACAACUCUGAGAUCUCCAAAAGGCUGGGAGCUGAAUGGAAAACACUCUCCGAAGAUGACAAGCGACCCUUCAUCGACGAGGCAAAAAGACUCAGGGCGAUGCAUAUGAAGGAACAUCCCGACUACAAGUACAGACCUCGAAGGAAACCAAAGACGUUGCGUAAGGAGGGCGGUUAUCCUUACGCAAUAUCCUAUCCCUCUGUGAACAUGGAAGCAUUACGUGCAGCGAGUAGUAUGGGCUCUACCAUGGCGAAUUACUACAACCAUCCAGCAGCUUAUGGUUCCCUUGGUUCUAUGGCAGCUGCAGUUGCUGCUCAACAGUCUGCAGCAGCUAUGUCAGCUGGUUUGAGCUCUUCUCCACAAGUUAUGGACCCCAUGAAAUAUUCCAUGGACGCCGAUAAAUUCAGAGCGCCAUUCAUGCCGCCAUCUUCUCUCGCCAUGUCCAUGUACUCCGAAUCUCCGUCAAAAGGCUUCCUCGAAAGGAAUUACCUGGAACAGAAGUUCUACGACCCCAACAAGAUGUACAUGGACAAGUACCAAGACGCUUCUAGGGGCUACCCAUCUUUCGAUCUCUGCAAGAUGUACCAAGAUCAUUCCGGUAACCAACAAGUGUCCGCUGGAAUCGGCUCACCCCGUAGCUCUGACUCUCCUGACGUGAAGCAGAGCCAAGAGCGUCACGACGCCACGUCAUCGUCCUCCUCGACGACGACGUCUUCUGCUGGUGCAUCGCCAGGGGGACUGUCCAGCUACUACCCCAGCACUCAGCUACAGCAGAGCAAUUCCGUGCCUGGGUUACUCCCAAUGCCGCAGUACACUAGUCAAUACUCAAACACAGGCGAGUUUAGGAGGCCCUUGACGGUUAUACUUUGACCAGACCACAUGUGAACGUGUACUGUGACUCCUACCACGGCGUGAAUAGUUAAUAUGUGAUUCUCAACCAUGUUACUGUUUGUGGCAAUGUGUCAAGUGAUCAUGUGGAAGUCUCGGUUUUCCUUAUGAGGCGAAUUUCAAUUUAUAUAUUGUGAUAUUUAUUUAUUUCGAGAAGUAGCUUAUUGUAUAUUCAGUCCUUGGAUAACUUGGAGGUAGUGAAUGGUAGUUAUCGAAUCUGUUGGUUUGUUUAUUCUCACGUUGAAGUUUUUGUUUCUUCCUCUUAUUCAGAUAUGGUAAAGAAUCUCUCACCUCCCGAAUACAGCUUGGAGUCUUCAGACUUGACUGGUUUUUAAAUUUCAAAUACAUUACUACAGAGAAGAACUCUUUGUUCUGUGACAGGUUUAGAUUUUUAACGAAUCUAGAAAGUAUCAUCAAUACUCAAGUGGGUAUUUGUAAAAAUAUAUCAAUUUGAGAAUCCACAACUAUAGAGCCAUAUAGAUAUCAUCCCCGUGUCCAAUAAUCUAACCUAAAAAUUUCAGCUUUCUAUUUAGAGGAAACCUAACAGAAUCCCUAACUGAGAUUAUAAUAACGAUAUGAAUCUUUUUAAAUGUCCAAAGAAGUCUAAAGGUUUUCAACCAGGGAUAAAAACUCAACAUCUAUUCGUUCAAUAAAAAGGUUUAUUUUUUGGUUGAAAGAAUUGUUGUCUUAUAUUCAUGAACGAAAUAUCAGAAAAUAAUGCUGAACAUCUAAAGAAAAUAGUCUUUCGUAAAAGAGCUCAAUUGCUUUCAGAUACAUUAAUGAUCUGAGGACUAUACAUUCAGCAUAUCAAAUUAAAUUGAAUAAUUUGAAAGAAUUGUGACAUAAUAUCAGUAAUUACAAAAUUCUUUCUACCGAAAAGACCAAUAUAAUUUCUUGAAAUGAUUCUAACAAAUGGCAAGAAUUUACCUAUUCGAAUGAACCAACAGAUGUUGAGCCAACUCUAUUGACGACCACCUUCAGACAGUUAUCAAUUAAAACUAUAUUUGUGUAUUUUCUUCGUCUGUUUUAUGAAUACGAAUAUUGUUUUAUUUCUCAACAGGACUCGGUUUUCCAUCGAUUCAUAUCAAAAGAAGAAACGAAAAUUUUACGAAAAACCAAAUGGUUACAGCUUAUCUCGAAUAUUCAUGAUUCGUUUCAAUUCCCGUUGUACAAAUUGUAAAUAUUAAACAGAUAAGAAAUUCGUGUUAGAUGUUCUCUCGUUUAUGUUUAUAUAUUCAUUUGUUAUGAAAUAACCUACAUAAAGUACUUUAAAAACGCAGUAUCACCUAGUAUUUUCCAUUUAUGUUCCUAUUUGCAGUAGAGAUUUGCAGGAAGUUGCAACUUUAGAUUCUUUAGAAGUUAUGUAAAUUGUUAUUUAUAUUGAUCUUAUUAUGAAGAUAGUCUUAAAUGUAGUGUUAUGUGAAGUUAUAUGCAAAGAAGAAUAAUAAACUAGUGCGUGGCUGUUCCAGCGAUAA